GUUGGACUGUUCAAAGUCAUAAACGUCAAUAUUCAAAAACGAGCCUCAGAUUCAACCUCUAUAAUCUCUCUGUUUUCUGUUACCUGCUAAUCUUCGACGUUUGUGCCUUUAUUAAUCAUAUUUAGUAACUCCUAGAACUAGAAAAUCCCAAAUUUGUGAUAAUUGGGCGAAGCAUGAACGAUUAUUAUACGGCAGCAAAGCAGUAAAGAAACGCCGCCAGCAUUUUUAGGUUAUAAAGAUAAUUUAAACUUCCACCAGCCUAAAAAUGAUAAAUGCUCAUUCGAUAAUCCACCAACGAAUGGAAUCGGAAAUUCCCAUUCAAAAAAUGGAAAUUGCUGCAAGAAAUGUGGACAGGUCGCUUGCCAUGGACUGCAGCUCCCCAAAGCUAAUAGACUUGUUGAACAUCAAUGCACAAACCGGCUCAACAGCCAGUGGUUUGGUAGAUCAGGAUUACCCCUCUUUAAGCGGUUUUCCUGGAACUCUCAACAGUUUAUCGCAGGUGAAAAAUAUUAAUAACAUACCGCUUCCUGGAGAAAUUGUGGAUCACUUCAGUCAUGUUCAAUGCCACUGCAUGAUGGGUUUAUUUCCGGAAAUCAAUCGUGCAUGGCUAACGGUGGACAGUGAUAUAUACAUAUGGACGUAUGAAGAAAACACUGAUCUGGCCUAUUUCGAUGGAAUAAACGAAACAAUUCUAUGCGUGGGACUUGUGAAACCGAAACCGGGAGUUUUUCAUGCUUUUAUCAAAUACUUGCUAGUGCUAACUACUGCUGUGGAUAUUAUAGUAUUGGGAGUUACAUUUACCGAAGCAAAUCAUGGAGAAGCUGAAAUUCAUUUAAUUCCUGAUCCAGUUUUUACCCUUCCAACUGAUGGGAACACAGUUACUACCAUUGCCACCACUCACAGCGGCCGUUUGUUUUUUGGUACUAAGGAGGGCUCUUUAUUUGAGAUAGCUUAUCAGGCUCAUAGUGGAUGGUUUGGUAAACGUUGUAAAAUCGUAAAUCUCUCCACAAGUGUCUUAUCAUUCCUUGUGCCGUCCUUUCUGAAUGCAGCUUUAAGUGAGGAAGACAGUAUAGUUCAAAUAGCUAUAGACAAUAGCCGGAACAUUUUGUUCACUUUAACGGAAAAAGGAUCCAUAGAAGUAUGUGACUUGGGCGUAAAAGGCACUGGUUUUUCUAGAAUCACCAAAGUGUCUCAGAAUACCCUAGUUAGCCAAGCAAUGAAUACCGUCAAAACUCUGGAUAGCCAAAAUUUCCGACCUGUUAUUAGCAUUUCGCCAGUAGAAUCAUACGAGUCUGGAAACUUAAAUCUAGUUGCUAUUACACAAACAGGCGUUAGAUUCUACUUAUCUGUUGUCGGAUUGUCCAAUCAGCAACCGAACCAAAGGCCAUAUACUUUGACUCUAGUACAUGUUCGCUUGCCGCCUGGUUAUUCUGCUAAUGUUACAGUUAGGCCUAGAAGUGUUCAUAUGGCUCAUUACAGAGAUCGUAAUUUAGUUUUAAUCUCCAAUGUAAAAGACAAAGAUGUCUUAUGGUGUAUGAGUUCAGAUCUAUUCCCAUUUAGUUCCAGCUUAAUGGAAGCAUAUAAUACAAUUAGUUUGGAUGGUCCAGCUUUAGCACUAGCUGAGGUUCGUCAUGAUAACUAUCUUCACUUAAGCUCUGAGUUCCAAGAGGAACCUCCUUUAAUGGUACGUCAACAUUUUGAGGCACCAAAGAAAUAUGUAGUUUUAACAUCGCAUAGUGUUCAAAUAUUUGUUAAGCAAAGGCCAGUAGAUCUUUUAAGACAGAUAUUAAAGGAGAGUCACGGUCAAGAUACCGCAGCUUUAAAAUCAUUUUUUACUAUGCAAAAAGAAACUCAAGCCUGUGCCACUAGUUUAAUACUGGCUUCAUUGGAGAGCCAAGAAAACAUCCCAGUUGCCGAACUUGCUACUAGAGCAUUUUUUAUGUUUGGUGGUGAACCGCAAGUCGCUCCGUUAAAUCAAACCAACAUUUUUUCAGGCACCUCCAUAUUCUCUCCAAACAUAAUUUCUACUCCAGCUCCACAACAUCCUUCCAAUGCAUUUUCACCUCAUUCUUCCGUAGUUUCAACUCAACAAGACGGUUAUUCGAAUCUUACUUAUCAACCGGCUGGAGGUAUCCAAACAAGUUUUUCUCAACCAAUAAGGCAACAAACUGCAAUAGAUCUCAGCAAUUUUGUGAAUUACUCUGCCAAGCACAAUGGUUUAUACCUAUACCUUGGCAGAAUUCUAAGACCUCUAUGGAAUAAAAGAUGUGUAGAGAGAAUUUGCACCGAUGGAAAAAAUAUUAUGAAUACUAGCUCUAUUGCUGUCGAAGAUUGUCUGCAAAUUCAGAGCAAUUUGAAUGCUUUGCAUAAUUUCCUUAAGUUGAACACUCAGUUGUCUUCAGCUGUAACUACUACGCAUCAAGCUGCUCUAUACAGUUCUCCUGCGCUGAAUUUUACCGUUGCAAAUCCCACCCAACAAGACGCUCAAUUAGAAGAGAAACAGUCUCUGGAUGCGCUUAAAACAUUUGUGUGCCACUGCUGCCAAAUUGUUGGAUUGUGGAGAAUUUUGUGUGAUCAUCAGUUGCAUAACUUAGUCGGAGCGUUACCUGAAAAUCAGCAACAGAUUCUUCAAAACACCACCUUCAAAGAACUGUUCCUUUAUAGACGGGACAUUUGUAACAUUUUGAUAAAUACUUUAGUGGAUAGUUAUUUAGGAGACAACGCAUCUGUAGAUUCAAUUAGUAAUAAAUUAAUGGAAGUUUGUCCACAUUUGUAUAGACCGGAAGACGCAGCAUUUUCGAAGGCUAAUGAGCUUCUAAAAACCACCAGAGCCGUACAAAACAUGGACGAAAAGGAAGUGAUGUUAACUUCAGCAUUACAACUGUGCAAAAAUAUUGCUCCCAACGUCAAUCUACCGGAAAUUUGCAAGCAAUUCGUUUCUCUAAAAGCAUACAAAGCGGUUAUUGAGCUUUGCUCCCAUUGUGGUAGGAAGAUAGAUCCUGACAAGGUAGCUGAGAACUAUUUCAACAGUAACGAAACAACCGGUGAUCAAGAUGGUACGAAUAUGUAUCAGAGGCGAAUGGAAAUAUAUCGGGAAAUUGUUGGUAUGUUAGAAGCAAUUUACAACGAACAAGACCCGGUACCCAUUGCAAAACAAGUGUCGGACUACGCCGAUAAAAAGUCAAUUAUAUUAGAUGGAAUGGAAAGUACAAGACUUAAUUGGACCAUACAGCAAGUAAUUGAUGAAAUCCUGGCUUACGAUGAUGAACUGAUGCAUGUAGCCUUAUACGAUUGGAUGGCAACCAAACAGAUGACAAGCGACCUAAUUAAAAUAAACAAACCCUCUCUGGAGCAUUAUCUAAAACGAUGUUCACUUCAGAAUCCUGAAAAUAUUUCUAUUAUGGAUUUGAUGUGGAAGUUUUAUGAGAGCAAUAAUAAUCAUGCUGCUGCAGCGAAGAUCUUAAAUAGCCUCGCUUCACAGACUGGUACCAGUUUAACAUUGAGGGAACGACUGACUUACUUAGCGCGGGCGAUCAUGUGCAUGAGAAGUGACAAGAGUGGCUAUGCCCCAUAUCUAGGAGUAUUUCUCAGGGAUCUGGAAGACAAAAUGGAAGUUGCUCGUGUUCAAGAGCAAAUUUUAGAAGAAAUAAGCAAUUUAAGUGGCCAAGUUCCAAAUGCUGACGAAGCCGUGGCUGCAUUAAAUAGUGGACUUUACGAAAUAUCUCAGCUCUACGAAAACUUUGCCGAUCCUUUCAACUUGCUCGAAUGUCAAUUAGCUAUCAUCGACUGUGCUGGUUAUACCGACGAUGACAAUUUGAUUAAAUCCAUCUGGCAACAAAUUUUGGCCGAUGAGCUGAGAAAGUCAUCUGGAAGCGGAGAUGACCGCAUGUCUCAAUUAAUGAGCAAAGUCAAAGGAUUAGCCAAGCGAUAUGCGAAUUCUAAUAACUGCUUCCCACUGAGCUAUCUAGUAGGGGAAUUGGAAAUGGUCAACGCGAAACUGAAAACAUCGAAUAAACUAGCAGUACCAAAUUGUCUAAAGUUUGCAGAUAUUCCACUUGAAAAAGUGAUUCAAGUUUACAGCCAUUUACUCACUAUUUCCAUUAAUCUGGAUUUCUGGCAAAGUGAGGAUAAUGAAUUCCACUUGUAUAAAGUAAUAACUGCAUUAGUAACAUCGUUCAUUUAUGAUUACGACUCGUAUGGGGCUAACGAAAAGAGAAAACUGAAGGCAAUGUUCCAAGACACAAUAGCAACAUUAUUAUCUAAUCUAUAUAGUAAAGCUAAUAGCGAUAUGCUGGUCGAUGAUAUUAGAAGUAUUCAAGCUAGACUAUCGAGGCUCUAAAAAUGUAUACGGGUUAUUAUUUUUUUAACAUUUUAAACUGAUAUUUUUGCAAAUGUUCGGAAUCGAAUAAUAUGUUCAAGUUGUUAAUAGUUGGUGUCAUUUUAAUUUCAAAUUAUACAUUAAUGUUCAUUUUGUAUAUCUGUUCAGUCAGUUAAUUCUGUUUAGCUUAUUUGUUAUUGCAUAAAUACUAUGAGUGAAGCGGUUUUAUUUGCUUUGAUAUAACUUUUUAGUAAAGAAUGUUUACACUGCCAAAAAGUUUCCAAACAUGUAUUUAAAUAUAUGCCUAAUUUGGUUUGUAUUAAUUAUCUCUAUAUAUCCUUUUUUCUUUUGGAAACUUUUUAGUUUGAAGUUAGUAAAUUCUUGAAAUACCUUUAACAUAGUUCAAUUAAAUCGAGUAUAAGACACAUAACGUUGGUCCACAUUUUGUACUAUUUUUAACUAUGCAUAUGCAAAUGAAAUAAAAUUGCGAACAAUUUUUCAUUUCAUUUACGUUUCACUCUAAUACUCGGUUUAAUUUUCUUGAUAAAUUAAUAUUAAUUAUACUACAUAAAUAUAAUAAUAAUAUGAGAUGUCAAAUAAAGGGAAUUUUAAAUUAGGAGAAUGUGUACCUUUUAAAUAAAUUGUGUAAGUCGCAGUCUAUAAUUUGGAUUAAUCCACAAAAAAAUUUUCAAAGUAAUAAUUAUGAAGUAUUUAAAGCAAAGGACUCGAGAUCAUACCACAUUUUACUGCUUUAGGUUUUUAAAUCGUUUUAUUAAAAAAAAAACAAUUAUAUUUCAAUCACUCACAGUAAUUUAUCUAUAUGUGACAUAACUUAUACAUUUAUGUAUAUCGAAAGCAAAAUCGAUCUCUUUUAAACACUCAUUAAUAUAGUUUUUAGUAGGCAUGGGUAACACUGUGUUGAGUUAGCCUUUUGAAUUGUUGCCAAUCUGUGCGCUAAUGAGUUAUAACUCACUGCGCCGCACUUUGAUUUUGAUUGAUUGAUUAAAGCUUAAAGAGACAAAAAUUAAAGAUUGCCACAUUAGUAGCUUAGUUAUAGUGUGAAUUUAGUUCCUAUUCAGCUCUUGGUUACUUAACAUGAAAUUUUCCAACUUGAAAUAAAAGGCAAAAUUUGAAUAUGAUUGUAGCGUAGAUUCCCCCUCCAUUCGAGGGCGCCUCUGUCUCCUCUUGUGGAGAGCGGGAAUCACGACCUUGUCCCUGCAUGACAAGGUGAUGGAUGCGCACAAUAAAACUAAGAUUUAAACAAAAAAAUUAGUUCGGCGCGUAGGGAUGCCAGGUACUUGUUUUGGGUAGUACCCCCCUGCUUGCGCGCGAUUCUGCGCUCAAUGUGAACUACCAAUAAUAAAAGAAAACAAAACAAACAACAAAACCACACCGAACAAACAGAACUGCAACCAACUACAAUUAAUAAUAUAUAAAAUAAACUAAAAUUACGGGAAUCUAUGGCUCGAGUACCUGUGGCGCGCACAAUUGUCCCACGUACUGCGGCGGGCAAAUAGUCUGGUCUCCGGGCGCGCACAAUAGUCUCGCGGUGGGUUCACCGGUUUUCCGGGGGAUCAAGGAGCAAGGAUGCUCCGGAAAAAACUGGAUUUCCUUGGAAUCCAGCACU